AUGACUAAGGAACAGGCUAUUGAGUUCGCAUUAAGGAAUGUUCCGGAUAUACUUCCGUUGGAUUCCAGUUCAAUCAAAGAUAUGUGUAACAACAUUCUAUCGCAAGCGGGUGAAAAUACCGAGUUAAUUGCUCAAGAAUUCCUUAAUAUCUUGGGCCAUAGCGAUCUGUCGUUUGAUUUUAUCUUUAAGUUUAAUGAAUUGCUGUCUCAAGCAGCUGCUGUUGCUUCUUCGGCCAAUGUUAAACGUUCUAGCCCGUUAGCCAAAACUGACGAUAUGAUUAAAAAUGAGGAGAAGGUUGCCGUACAACCUACUCCUGCUAAGAUUAGGCAUACUCGCCCCAGUGAGGAGCUUCUAAAGCCGGCUUCGCAUUCCGUCGUGGAUAAGCCGAAGAAACAAGACAUUAAACUGCAGUCUUUAGGAGAAAUUGAUGAAGUAUUAAAGACUCUAGAAGUUCAAGCUUCCCAUAAUACGAACCCAGCAGCUUAUCUCUGCAAUUGCCAAGCCCGAAUACACCCACUUUUCGAAAUGGCGCCAAAUUGUUUAUCAUGCGGGAAGAUUAUAUGUUUUAAAGAAGGGUUGCACCUGGACAGUUGCACGUUCUGUGGGACUGAACUACUCUCCCCUGAAGAACGUAAAGAGUUGGUUGCACUACUACAAAGCGAGAGGGAGAACCUUCUUCCUAAGCGUCAAGAGAGUUCUCAGGGUACCAAAAAGAAAUCUAAUGUCUUUAAACUAAGCAAUGCCAAAGGUGCUAACAUGUUCAAUGAACAACAGAAGAUCUUCGACUACGUAGAGAGGGCUAAGGAACGGGAGGAAAAACGAAAGCAGGUCCUGCAAAUGGAUAAUGAUGUCGCAAACACAAAGCAAGCAGCGGGCGGUGGCCAGGAAAUUGACGAAGAGCUAGCGGCCGCCCAACAGAGAUUGGAAACGCUGCUAAACUUCCAAGAUACUGGUGCCGAAAGAAUGACGAUUAUAGACAAUGCAAGUGAUUUCAGUAUGAGCAACGACAAUAACCUCUGGGGUUCUGCAUACGAAAAGGCGUUGAUGCUGAAGAGGCAGCAGAGGAAUUUGAAGAAAUGGGAAAAGCUUGAAAAACAACGUAAUGGCAGAAGCGAUAAAGUUUUGUUGGACUUGACAAUAGGCAGCGAUGGUAAGGCACAUUUUAAACAGGUAAAUGUGGAGAAUAGAUCUUUUAGGUCCGAUAGAGGCAGCGACAAUGAGACAGAUGAUGAGGACCUUGAUAUGAACGGAUUUAUUAGCGAAGAAGAACUAAAUGACCGCACGGAGCUAAAAGAGCUCAAAAAGAGGAUUGCAGCGGAGAAGGCUUCAAAGGCCGCAAUGCUAAGCAGCAAAGUUUGGGAUUAUGACAAGGACAAGCAGCAAUUUGAGAAGCCCAAGUACAUACCUUCACAAGACGUGCCACAUGAUGAUGACUCGGGCAAGAAUGCAACUACUACUGAUUUCUCUUCCAGAAUUCAAGUGAAUAAAGGAACAGUUGACAUAGAAGAAAUCAUUGCAGGUUUAUAA